GGGGCGGGGAGCGAGGCGAGGGCCCGGCGCGGCGCGGCCCCGCUGGGUCCUGGCCGCCGUGUGCCAGGCGGGGCAGCCCGGAGCAGGCGGCAGACAGAGGUGCGGCCGGCCUGGGAGUGCCCGGCGCGGCUUCGGGCGCAGAUUGAAUUGCAGACUUCAGGCUCUGGAUCCAACUCACACGACUGGUGUUUUAUUGUUCCUUAUGGUGGAGCUGGUGAUCAUCCCUAAGAAGAGAGAAGAUGAUGAGUGAUGCAAGUGACAUGCUUGCUGCGGCUUUGGAGCAGAUGGAUGGCAUCAUAGCAGGUUCAAAGGCACUGGAAUACUCCAACGGCAUUUUUGACUGCCAGUCCCCCACUUCUCCCUUCAUGGGGGGCCUGCGGGCACUGCACCUAGUGGAGGACUUGCGGGGCUUGCUGGAGAUGAUGGAAGCAGACGAGAGAGAGGGGCUGCGCUGCCAGGUCCCAGACUCGACGGCAGAGGCUCUGAUUGAAUGGCUCCAAAGUCAAAUGACUAAUGGACACCUAUCUGGGAAUGGAGAUGUAUACCAAGAAAGGCUGGCUCGUCUGGAAAAUGAUAAGGAAUCUCUUGUUCUGCAAGUAAGUGUGCUUACGGAUCAGGUGGAGGCCCAGGGAGAAAAGAUUCGGGAUCUGGAGUUCUGUUUGGAAGAACACAGAGAGAAACUGAAUGCCACAGAAGAGAUGCUGCAGCAGGAGCUUUUGAGCAGAACAUCCCUUGAAACUCAGAAGCUGGAUCUUAUGGCAGAGAUAUCCAAUCUGAAGUUGAAACUUACAUCUGUAGAGAAGGAUAGAGUGGACUAUGAGGAUAGAUUCAGAGACACAGAGGAUUUGAUCCAGGAAAUAAAUGAAUUGCGACUAAGAGUGGGAGAGAUGGACAAUGAAAGAUUCCAGUAUGAGAAGAAGCUUAAAACAACCAAAUCUUUAAUGGCCAAACUUUCUAGCAUGAAAAUCAAAGUGGGUCAGAUGCAGUAUGAAAAGCAGCGGAUGGAGCAAAAAUGCCAGAUGCUAAAGGAUGAACUAGCAGCUUUGAAAGAGAAACUGGAGCAGAAGGAAGCUGAGGUAAAAAGAUUGCAAGAAAAAUUGGUUUGUAAGCUGAAAGGAGAAGGAAUUGAAGUACUGGACAGAGAUGAAAAUUGUAAAAAGAAGCUGAAAGAUAAAAAUAUAGAGGUACAGAAAAUGAAGAAGGCGGUAGAAUCCCUUAUGGCAGCAAAUGAAGAGAAGGAUCGGAAGAUAGAAGAGCUUCGACAGUCUCUGAAUAGGUACAAGAAAGUUCAAGACAUGGUGAUACUGGCUCAAGGUAAAAAAGGCAAGGAAAGUGACAGUGAAGACUUCUUGCAUUCAGGAUCAGUUUCUACAGUUUUAUUGGACACACCAACUCUGACUGACCCAGAGAAAAGUCCAUCCCCAACUCCUGUAACAGCAUCUCCAAUCCAUGAUGAGUUUAACAUGAAUAUUCAAGAAGAGAAUUCCUUACAGAUCCACACAAGUGUUUUACAGAUUUCAAUCCCAUCUUUUUCAUCAACGUCCAAGAGUUCAGAAAUUGUUGCAGAAAAAGUGAAAACACAGCCUAGGUCAGAUCCCGCAAGUGAUUUGAGUGAAGGAAGAUCAACUGGUUCCUCCCCAGGAACUCAGCUGUGUGACGGUCCAGCAACUUCUUCACUGCAGAAGUCCAGCAGUCUAAGCAGUUUGAAGAAGGAGACAUGUGAAGCGGACAGAGACCCUGCACAGAAGCCAACAGAGCAGGUUAAACCUCCAAUGGAAGGUAAUAAUUUUGCAACCCUCCCUCCAAAAUCUCCUUCUCACGGUGUCACAGGAGAUGAGGAUAGUUUUGGUACCCGUAAAGCCAGAUCUUCAUUUGGACGAGGCUUUUUCAAGAUCAAAAAUAACAAGAGGACUGCAAGUGCCCCAAAUCUGGAUCGCAGUCGAAGUGCAAGUGCACCUACCUUAGCUGAAACAGAAAAAGGAUCUGCAGAUCACUUGGAUCUGGCUGGCUUGCCCCCUCGACCAAAAGAAACAGAUAGUUUACAGAUGACUCCGCCUUCUCCAGAUUCCAAGAAAAAGGCCAGAGGAAUCAAGAAGUUUUUUGGAAAACUUAAAAGAAGUCAGUCUACCACCUUCAACCUAGAUGACAUGUCCGAGACUGAGUUCAAAAGAGGAGGGACAAGAGCAACUGCAGGGCCGCGACUGGGCUGGUCUCGAGACCUGGGGCAGUCUCACAAUGAGCUGGACAUGCCAUUUGCCAAGUGGACAAAAGAGCAGGUUUGCAACUGGCUCCAGGACCAAGGACUAGGCUCUUAUAUAAGUAAUGGCAGACAAUGGAUACUGUCGGGGCAAACACUUCUUCAGGCUUCUCAGCAGGAUUUGGAAAAGGAGCUUGGGAUAAAGCACCCAUUGCAUCGGAAGAAGCUUCAGCUUGCUCUGCAGGCGCUUGGGUCUGAAGAGGAAAACAAUCAUGGAAAACUGGAUUACCACUGGGUUACAAGGUGGCUGGAUGACAUUGGCCUCCCCCAAUAUAAGACCCAGUUCGAUGAAGGAAAGGUGGAUGGCCGAAUGCUUCAUUACAUGAGUAUGGAUGACUUGCUGUCCUUGAAGGUUGUCAGUGUCCUCCACCACCUCAGCAUCAAAAGGGCCAUCCAAGUUCUGAGAAUAAAUAACUUUGAACCUAACUGUCUGCGCAGGAGGCCAUCAGAUGAGAGUAGUGUCACACCUUCUGAAGUCACCCAGUGGACCAAUCAUCGUGUGAUGGAGUGGUUACGCUCUGUUGAUCUGGCAGAGUAUGCACCUAAUCUGCGGGGGAGUGGUGUGCAUGGGGGACUGAUGGUUUUGGAGCCACGUUUCAAUGUAGAAACCAUGGCGCAAUUGCUAAACAUCCCACCAAACAAGACACUGUUGCGACGGCACUUGGCGACUCAUUUCAACCUCCUCAUUGGGCAGGAUGCCCAGCAGAAGAAACGUGAAGCCAUGGAGUCCCCAGACUAUGUCCUCUUAACAGCAACUGCCAAAGUAAAGCCAAAGAAACUUGCCUUCAGUAGUUUUGGAAGCCUGAGGAAGAAAAAGCAAGAUGAUGUGGAAGAGUAUGUGUGUCCUAUGGAACUGGGGAGGGCUUCUGGAAGUGGGUCAAAGAAGGGUUUUAAGCCUGGCCUGGAUAUCCGAGUGUAUGAUGACGACGAUUUGGACAGACUGGAGCAGAUGGAAGAUUCAGAAGGGACAGUGAGGCAAAUAGGAGCAUUUUCUGAAGGCAUCAACAACUUAACACACAUGUUAAAAGAAGAUGAAAUGUUUAAAGACUUUGCGACUCGCUCUCCUAGCACCAGUAUAACAGAUGAGGACUCUAACGUGUGACAGUAACCACUAGGCACUGAUGAAGGCUCAGCUCACUUUCCUAUGUACAAGAAACAGCAUUACACAUGAUGGGCAGCAAAUCAUGUACAUUACAUUGCCCUUUCUUCUGUUUGUUAGAAGUAAUACUGGGAGGCGGUGAAUUUUAAAAAAAAAAAAAAGGUGCCUACUCUAAAGUUGCCAUAAGAAAUACCCAGACACUAGUGAAUGGUAAUUGGUUUUUUACUGUAUUUAAUAUACAAACUGGUGGUAUCUUUCAGAGUGUUGCAUUUAAAUUUACAUGGUAUCAUAGUGUUCCUUUUGCUUAUUCUUGUCCUGAGAUAAUCCUUUAUAUUGUUUCAGAAUAGAUGUGUCUGUAGAUGUUGAUCAGCUUUCUCUAGGUUUUCAGUUGAAACAAGAUGUUAUUGCUAUCAGCACAAAUACUAGUUCUGCCCUUCCCAUGAUAUCAAAUGUAGGAUUUUAGUCAUCCAUGCCCUCCCCUGUAGCUCUUAAUUGUUGCUUUUAUUUUUAUACUGUUUUAUAAAAAAAAAAAAAAAAAAGAAUAUAUGAAGUACAUGUAAAAACAGAAAUUUAAAUUUUGUGAAAUAGAGUGAUGGAAAGCUUGAGGUGUGGGGGAAGGGGAGGGGUUUGUAAAAGAUUAUCGCAGUUUGUAUACCAGCUGGUUACUGGAAAAGGCAGGCUGGCCUUUGGAACUGUUUGCUUUUUUUGCUUUUUCUAAGUGCACAGUAUAAUGAUCUUCCAUUUGGGAUGAAACAGUUAUAAAGCAUGUUUUUAUUGGCAGUGACUCUUAUGGAAACUGCAAAUUCAAAACGUCUUCUUCCGUGUUCCUUGCAGCAAUAGUUAUAGCAUUCAAGAAAGUUAUUAAUGUUUCUGUGACUUAAAAAUAUUCUGGAGAGUUUUCCUUCAAGCUGAGAGUACUCCCUGCAUAUGGAAGGGAUAUUUCUGUGCUGUAACUAACAUAAAGAUGGUGUAAUUGCAAAAAAUCAAAAAUAAAAUAUAUAGAGAGAGAAAUGUAUAGGAAGUAUAUUAUUUCAUAAUAUUAAAGCCAAGGUGGGAAUUUCCCUCAAAAAUACAGAUAUCAAACAUGUUGCAUAUCAUUUUACCUUCUUAAAACAUAACUCUUUUGCCUUGAAGAUGAUCAGAUUUUAGUAAGUCUAACUAGCCAGUAGAAUUUUUUUUGUCAGAAUUUUUCUGUAUUGCAAGAUGUCCUAGCCAAAAGCCAAAAAAAGUAACUGUUUAUUACAGUAGUUGUUUAUACGGUGUUGAAUGUUGCAUGUAUUUUAGCACAAUGGAAUGAAAUUUCUUUGCUUUGUAAAGGAAAAAAAUACAGUUAGAAUUGCUCCUUGCAGUGGUAUUUGGCUUUUAUAAGAGUUGUCACUUCCGGCAAGGGUAGUAAUGAAACCAUUUCUGACAUGCUGCUUGUGUUGUAUAAUGGAGUUUAGAUUUUGGCUGAUUUUGUGGGUGUUUCUGAAACACCAUUACAAAAGUUAGGAAGGGAAGGAAGGUUCUUCACUGAGCUCUGCUUAUAGCUUAUAAUCUAUUACAAGUCUUUUUUUUUUUCUUUUUUUUUUCUUUUUUUUUUUUUUAAGGAUGUGCAGUGAAGGCUAUUUAUGUGCAAAGAAAAUGAAAAAUUUGAUGUGGACCAGUUGUGUUGUAUAUGAUAUCAAGUGCUGCCAUUCUCACUUUACUAACUGGAGCCAGGCAAACAAUCUGUAAUUAUUCAUAUUCAGUUUGUGCCACUUACCAUUUCUCUACAGACAGACUACAACACUGGUGCUUUAUCCAAAAUUCCUGACUAAGUAACAUCCACAAAUAAUUUGCUGUCUGUUGUUUCUUCCUCUGCUGUCUUGGGGGUGUUUGAGCUAUUUUAAUUAGGCAGAAAUACCACAUUCUGUAAUGCCUGCUUCCAGCUUUCAGGUGCAAAUACUCAGAUGUGGAUUCAGGGCUUGCUUUCUGUGAAUAAUUUGCAAUAUGGUAAUUAUUUACAUGUAAGUUGGGCUCAAGACCCUGCUCUUACCAGUAGAGACGCACUGGGAGGACAUAGCACAGGCUUCUGAGCAACAGUAUUCCUCUAAUUUCACUCCUUUAGCAGGCUGUGACUAGUGGACAUAAUGGCUGGAUAUUCACAGGAAAAAAAAA